GGUGGUAAUUUCACCCUCUGCUGCUGCUGUGUCAAUGGUGUCUCAGUCUCACAUUCUCAAAGUGAGUGAAAUCCACAGGAUGUAACUGUUUCUCUCAUUGGUUGGGAUCAGUCAUUUGCCCCUCCCCAGCAGAAACCAAUGAUAUCGUCAUCCUCUGUGGAAAAGUACUGGCAAUCAGGCCACUCUUUGUUUAUUGUUGUUUAUUACAUUAGUGUUCGUUCUUUUUCAUGUUAUUCUUGUUGGUAAAAAUGUAGGUAGCCAAUAUUACAAGUAUAUUAAAUUUAAAUACACAAUGUUUUAAGAAAUCAUUAUAGUAUGUUAAAGUCAAUUACACCACUUAUCAGUCUAGCUCCGGAAUUCUGUUCUGCCUCCAUGAAGACGCUCAUGACAGGGUUGAGAAGAAUCGCCUCAAGGACCCUGCCUCUUUCUCAACGCCUGUGAUUGUAACAUCUUCUCAACCUCCCUGGAACGAUACAGGAAACCCUGAACAGGUGAUCAUGCCUAAUUGGUCAAACAUGACCCUCCACCUGGAGGACUCUCUGACCCGUGCCCUGGGCCAUUAUCUUGACAGCUGGAGCCGGAACACCUCGAAGGCAGAAAAGGCUCUGGACAACACUCUGGCAGAGGAGAACUUCAGGAACGUCAUAUGGUAUCUGAUAGUGAUGAUCGGAAUGUUUGCCUUCAUCGUCGUGGCGAUCCUGGUGAGCACGGUGAAGUCGAAGCGGCGUGAGCAUUCUAACGACCCCUACCAUAAAUACAUUGAGGAAGACUGGACCGCCCAGCUCCAACAGCAGAGCUUCGUCAUCAACAACCCCACGGCCAACUAACCCAAUGUAUAUUCACGCGCCAUAUACAAACACCAGUGGUGGAAAAGUACCGAAUUGUCAUACUUGAGUAAAAGUAAGGAUAUCUUACUAGAGAAUGACUCAAGUAAAAGUGAAAGUUACCCAGUAAAAUUCUACUUGAGUAAAAGUCUAAAAGUAUUUGGUUUUAAAUAUACUUAAGUAUCAAAACUAAAUGUAAUUUGUAAAAUGUACUUAAGUAUCAAAAGUAAAAGUAUAAAUAAUUUCAAAUUCUUAUUCUAACAAACAAGACUGCACCAUUUGUAAUUUUUUUAUUUUACAGAUAGCCAGGGGCACACUCCAACACUCAGAUAUAAUUGAUAAAUGAAGCACGUGUGUUUAGUGAGUCUGCCAGAUCAGAGAUUAAGUGUG